GCGAUCUGUUAUGGUCUCGUUUGCUUCUCACUGAACGAGUGUACGAACAUCCACAAGGGGCUCUCCCCGAACCUCCGUGCAUCGCGGACCGCUCAACGAAAGAGCCGAUAUAUAGACCUAUAGACUUUUCCACCUCCAAGUUGACGAUCACGCAUCCACAAGUUAUUCCCUGGACGCUAUGCUCUCCCACACCUCCGAAAUAUACCCCGCCUGUUCGGCGCAACCCACGUCGUCCGACCUUCACGCCCAUCCAUUGCUGCAGAUGUUCCUGCAGCGUUGCGCCUAUACCCACAGUGAAGUGUUCGCCCAGGUGUUUGCCUACGCGUCGAUGACCUUUUGGCUAUGUGCCCAGAUGCCGCAGUUGUGGAGGAACUACAAACGGAAAAACGCUGAUGGGCUCAGCGGGGCGUUUCUUGCGAAUUGGCUGUUGGGGGACGUUUGCAACCUCGCUGGCUGCAUUCUGACGAAUCAGCUGCCAUUCCAGACUGGCCUUGCAACAUACUUUGUUUUUGCCGAUGUAACACUGCUGGCUCAGUACAUCUACUAUACCCGCGUCCGCCCAGCGCCGAUCCGCCGCAACAGCCGCUCGAUGCUUAUACCCCUCCCCACAUCCGCAUCUCACGCCAGUCUGCUAAUCGAGAACACGAGUAUGAUUGACCCAACGGAAACAUCAGCUCUCCUCUCGCUUCGCCGUACGCAGUCGUCUACGGCGUUUUUCGGAGUGAUGCUUUUUGGGUUCUCCAAUCUUCUAACCGGCGCGGUUCAACAUUCCCAAUCAACCGGGACGCCGUCCGCCGUCAUAUCUCCGCCUCCCGAGUUUGGUGUCAUGACCGAGACCCCCGCCCCUAGCCCCAGUCUCGCCCACAUCAUCGGGGUCAUCACAGCUUAUCUCUGCAUGGUCCUGUACCUCUCCUCCCGCAUCCCACAAAUCAUCCGGAACUUCCGUCGCCGCUCAACCGAGGGUCUGGCGAUGUCCAUGUUUGGAUGCGCCGCGUUCGGAAACCUCACCUACGUACUCAGCAUCCUCUGCACGAGGAGGGACCCCGACUUCCUGAAAGGCGCCGCACCCUAUCUCAUCGGCAGCGGCGGAACCCUGAUCUUCGACGCCAUCAUCUUCACCCAGUGGUGGUUCCUCGGCGGACGCCAGACGCAACGCCGGCGAUGGGAUGGAUAUGCUUUCAUCGGCAGGCCGGACGCCAAGAGCCCUGUCCUUGCGGAUGAGGAUCUGUUAGUGGAUGUGGAGGAUAAUUCAUUUUUGAGUAGUUUAGCCGAUGCGUCGGAGGAGGGGCUUUUUUUUGUCAAAGCGGCCGCGGGGGCGAUACGGGAUGCCUGAUGUGUGGGGAGUUCGUUGAGACAGUACUGCAUAGAUAG